GGAGGGAGUAUUUUAAAACAUUUUUUCCCAAACGGCCUCUAUGUAUGCCCGCAGCCGGGAACUUCUGUGUUGGAGCAGUUAAGAGGUCGCCGGAAAAAGACCGCCCUCGCGUCGAUUUUUUCCCCAACCCGAAGACAUCGGAAACCUAUCGCGUACUCCUCUUCUCCCUGUCACGCUUCCAGCCCGUACAAAUUCCUAACUCCGUGGAUGAAUCUAUGUUGUGGUCUGCAAAACUCCAUCACCAAAUCCCUUGCAUAAAGCUUCCACUUUGUUGAAAAUUGGUAACUUGCAGUUCGACUGGGAAAAAAGGAGACAACCUGUCGCAAAAUCACGCCUGGGCGCCAAGAGGAAGACUAUCGCGACUAUUCUUUUUCUGGCUAGGCGAGUGAAGUGGGCGACGCCGUGACAAUUAGGUGGUAGAUCCGCAGAUCCGCCACAACCUGUGCCCACCUUGUCCCUGUGAUCAGUUGCGCACAAGUUUGGAAUAUGGGAAAAGCUUCAAGGGAUAAAAGGGACAUUUAUUAUCGGAAAGCUAAAGAAGAAGGGUGGCGUGCAAGGAGUGCCUUUAAGCUCCUUCAGAUUGAUGAUGAGUUUAACAUAUUUGAAGGAGUUAAACAUGUUGUGGAUUUGUGUGCAGCUCCUGGCAGCUGGAGUCAGGUUUUGAGCCGAAAGUUGUAUCUUCCAGCAAAACUCUCCCAAGAUUCAAUAGACAACGAUCUACCACUUAUUGUAGCCAUUGAUUUGCAGCCAAUGGCUCCAAUUGAAGGUGUUAUUCAAGUACAAGGUGAUAUAACAAAUGCUAGAACAGCUGAAGUGGUGAUUAGACAUUUUGAUGGAUGCAAAGCUGACCUGGUUGUCUGUGAUGGUGCACCUGACGUUACUGGACUCCAUGAUAUGGAUGAAUUUGUUCAGUCCCAACUUAUAUUGGCUGGUUUGACCAUAGUUACUCACAUACUAAAACAAGGUGGAAAGUUCAUAGCCAAAAUUUUUCGAGGAAAAGAUACAAGCCUUCUUUAUUGUCAGCUCAAACUUUUUUUCACUGAAGUUACUUUUGCUAAGCCCAAAAGCAGUCGCAAUUCAAGUAUUGAAGCAUUUGCAGUCUGUGAGAUCUAUUCUCCACCUGAAGGAUUUAACGAGAAAGAUUUGUAUCGCCUUCUUGAAAAGGUUGGGAGUCCAUCUGGCAUGGAAGAUUUAGAUUGUAGUAGUGGAUGGCUGGAAGGACCAAACAAGGUGUAUAUACCAUUUUUGGCUUGCGGAGACCUCAGUGGGUAUGACUCAGACCGGUCAUAUCCCCUCUCCAAGAAUGCAGAUGGAAGUUAUCAGAGUUUAGAUCCUGUACAGCCUCCAAUUGCUCCUCCCUACAAAAGGGCUCUUGAAAUGAAGAAAGCUCAAGGUCAAGGUGUCUUGGAACUCAAUAAGCUUUCCCUUGGCUCGUAAGCAUUGUUUGCACAAAUAGUUAUAUCAGAUUCUGAUCACUGGACUUGGACGUGUAAUCGGUGAUUAUUGACUUGUUGGGUAUUGUUUGUAUCUUGAACAAUUCAACAAUAGGGAAUGUUUGGUACCAGCUUACUCAUUAUAACUAGGGGAUCUAUGAACUUGUGUCAAUUUACGUGCAUUCUUGAGUUGGCCCCAAAAAUUAUAUAUAUAACCUUAACCUGUUACACGCUGUCAAUUUAUGAACAUUCAAGACUUAGGAUACUUGUUAUAUAAAAAUUCCUAGUUUUGUAAUGUUUAAUUAUCAG